CGAAGAACUGCUGCAGAAAAAAACAAAAAGUUUUUUAUUUUAUGACUGUAGUUAUAUCUUUUUUUUUUUUCCUCAUUCAUAACCAGCUGUUACUUUGUGGACCUGGUUUGACUGUCAGGCGUCGACAUGGAAACAGACGAACAGGCCAGGAACCGUUUCCAGUCAGAGCUGGAGUUCGUCCAGUGUUUGGCCAAUCCCAACUACCUGAACUUUUUGGCUCAGAGGGGUUUCCUGAGGGAGAGAACUUUCAUUAACUACUUGAAGUACCUGCUGUACUGGAAGGAACCAGACUAUGCCAAGUUCCUCAAGUAUCCACACUGCUUACACAUGCUGGAGCUGCUGCAGUACGAACACUUCCGGAAGGAGCUGGUCAACGCUCAGUGCGCCAAGUUCAUCGACGAGCAGCAGCUGCUGCACUGGCAGCAUUACUCCAGGAAACGCACCCGGCUGCAGCAGGCGCUGGCUGAGCAGCAGCAGACGCAGCAGCAGCCACCGCCGCAUGGGAACGCCGCCACAAAGUGACCACGCCCACAGUGGACGGAUGUUCAGGAUUUGACUUUAAAAGCUGAUGCACACAGCAGCCUGCAUUUGAAAAACUUCACAUCUGCCAGGAAGCAGUAUUUUUCUGAAAACAAGUGCUGAAGUCACUGCGUGCAGCGAUACAGCUGGAGGCGGUCCAUGUUUUUGGUUUUAAGCUGCCUCUUUUGGCUCCCUUCACUGAAAAGAUUUUUUUUUGUCCUAUUAGUCAUUUGUGACUUUGUAUAAUUUAGACUCUGCUAAAGUGCUUAGUGCUUAGUGCUUCAGUGACUGUGCACAAAAACCCGACUGGUUCAGUCAGCCUUCAGACGUGACGCGUGGACAUCAGCAGAGGUGAAUCUGGAUUAGUGGUUGUUUCAUAAAGACUUUGUUCCCAUAACAGUCACACAUUUUCAAAUAGCAAACAUUUGAGGUAUGUUUCUGUGUCAUGUGAUCUUUCUUUUUAAUAAAACUUCUAAAACUA